AUGGCGGCGGAGCGCCUUCCCAGUCGGCCGGCCUGCCUCCUGGUGGCCAGCGGCGCAGCCGAAGGUGUGUCUGCUCCGUCCUUCCUGCACUGCUUCACGCUGACCAGUGCUGCCUUCAACCUGCAGGUAGCCACCCCAGGGGGGAAGGCCAUGGACUUCGUGGACGUGGACGAGGGCAGUGCCCGCUGGGUCCAGGACUUCCGUCUCAGGUCCUAUUCCAGCCCCGCCAAGCUCGAGUCCAUUGAUGGUGCCCGGUACCAUGCCCUCCUCAUCCCCAGCUGCCCUGGGGCGCUGGUUGACCUGGCCAGCAGUGGGUCCCUGGCCCGUAUCCUGCAGCACUUCCGUUCUGAGAGCAAACCCAUCUGUGCUGUGGGCCAUGGCGUCGCUGGCCUCUGCUGUGCCACCAGUGAGGAUGGGGCUUGGGCUUUCCAGGACUACAGCAUGACUGGGCCCUCGGUGUAUGAGCUGGUCCGAGUGCCUGGCUUUGCGCGGCUGCCCCUGGUGGUGGAGGACUUUGUCAAGGAAGCAGGUGCCAGCUUCAGUGCCAGUGAGCCGGAUGCAGUCCACGUGGUGCUGGACCGCCAUCUGGUCACCGGGCAGAACGCCGGCUCCACCGUGCCCGCAGUGCAGAACCUGCUGUUCCUCUGUGGGAGCCGGUGA